AUGCCGCAGACCGGUCCAUACAGCUGCCCGGGCUUCGCGCUGCUGGUGCUCUGCAGCCUGAAGGCUGCCCUCGCCUUUCCCAACUCCUCUCCGCUGCUGAAUCCCAGCUGGGGGAACGGAGAUCGCCUGAUGCACCUCUACACAGACACGGAGAGGAACAGCGUCCAUCUCCAAAUCAACACUGAUGGCUACGUUGACGGUGUCCCUCACCAAACCAUUUACAGUGCCCUAAUGAUCAAGUCCGAGGGUGCUGGCUCUGUAAUAAUCACAGGUGUGAAGAGCGGACGCUACCUAUGUAUGGACACGAAAGGAAACAUUUUCGGUUCGCAUUACUUCAGUCAAGAGGACUGCGUGUUCAACCACAGGACGCUGGAAAAUGGAUAUGAUGUGUACCAGUCUCCCAAACACAACUUUCUGGUUAGCUUAGGCAGAGUUAAACAAGCUUUCUUCCCUGGUAUGAAUCCACCACCAUACUCCCAGUUUUUGUCCAGGAGAAAUGAAAUCCCUUUGUUUCGAUUCAACACACCGGAGCCCCACAGAAAUACUAGAAGUGCAGAUAUCGAUCCAAUGGAUCCUCAUCAGAUCCUGGUCCCUCAGAGAAAGAUCUCCGCAUUCGGAUUCCGAUUGCCGCAGCAAGCAGACUUUUCCCAUGUGCCCAGAGAGCCGAUGAGAACCAACCAGAAUGACGUGGUCAACCCAGAUGACCCACAUGCUAUGAUGGAUGCCAGGAGGUACGCAAGUCCUCGCUUUUAUAUUACAAGAUAA